AUGAACUCUUUCCAAUUAGCCAAUGAGUCUUCUCCCCUUUCCUUAACUCCAAAUUUCAUCCUCCCAGAACACAAAAGACCAAACCUUUCACAAGUCACUUCUUUAGACUCAAUACCUAUAAUUGAUUUGAGUUACUAUGAUGAAAACAACCCUUCAUCUUUGGAAGUUGUUCACAAGAUUUCAAAGGCUUGUGGAGAAUUUGGUUUUUUCCAAAUUGUGAACCAUGGUGUUCCUGAACAAGUUUGCAACAAUAUGAUGAAAGCAAUUACUAGUCUUUUUGAGUUGCCACCAGAAGAAAGAGAACAUCUUUCAUCAACAGAUCAUACCAAGAAUGUAAGAUUGGUCAAUUUUUGCCUUAAAGUGGAAGGUGGAGAAAAGGUCAAAAUGUGGAGUGAAUGUUUUAGUCAUUUUUGGUAUCCUAUUGAUGAUAUCAUUCAUCUUCUACCAGAACAAAUUGGUACUCAAUAUAGGGAGGCUUUCACUGACUAUGCAAAAGAGAUUGGUUCAUUGGUGAAAAGGCUUUUGAGUUUGAUAUCAAUAGGGCUUGGCUUAGAGGAAGAUUUUUUGUUGAAGAAGGUGGGUGAGCAGCCUAGACUAAGAGCACAAGCAAAUUUCUAUCCACCAUGUCCAGAUCCAGAGUUGACCAUGGGUCUCCAAGAACAUACUGAUUUUAAUGCUAUCACUGUCCUUUUGCAAUCAGAAAUUUCUGGUCUUCAAGUUAACAAAGAUGGAAAAUGGAUUUCUAUUCCUUGUAUUCCUAAUGCUUUUGUUAUCAAUCUAGCUGAUCAAAUUGAGGUUCUAAGCAAUGGAAGAUACAAAAGUGUACUUCAUAGGGCAGUUACCAACACUGUGCAUCCACGAGUUUCAAUGGCUAUGUUUUAUGGGCCAAACCCAAACACAUCAAUUGGGCCAAUUCAAGAAUUGAUCGACGAAGAACAUCCUAUCAAAUUCAGAAAUUAUCGUUUCUCUGAAUUCGUUGAAGAAUAUUAUAAGCCAAAAAGAACUGGGAAGAUGGUGAAAGAAAACUUCAAGCUAGAAGAUAAAUAA